UCUCUCUGUCUAAGUGUUUUGCAAGAUGGCUAAGAAAGGUGUGAAGAACAACAAGCAGGCUAAGCGUAAGGAGAACCGUGCUAAGGAGGAAGCUGCGUUGCAAAAGCUGGAGCAACUUAUAGAGGAGUACGAUCCGAAGACGCAAAAGCCAUCUCAAUUCCAAGAGCUACCAAUAUCGCAGAAUUUAAUCCAGGGGCUUAAGGAGGCCAGUUAUUCACUGCUGACUGACAUCCAGAGAGAGGCUAUACCUUAUGCUCUUAAGGGAAAUGAUAUUCUUGGUGCAGCGAAGACAGGUUCUGGUAAGACGUUGGCAUUUCUGAUCCCAGUCAUUGAGAAGUUGAACAGGGCUAAAUGGACAGACUUUGAUGGUCUUGGUGCAUUGAUCAUAUCCCCAACCAGAGAAUUGGCGAUGCAGAUCUAUGAAGUGUUGUUAAAGAUUGGUAAGCAUUUCCAAUUGUCGGUAGGUCUUGUCAUCGGUGGUAAAGAUGUCAAAUUCGAGAUGGAGAGAAUCCAAAAGAUUAACAUUCUUAUUGGAACGCCGGGUAGAAUCUUGCAACAUAUGGACCAAAGUUUGGGAUUUGAUGUUUCCAAUCUACAGAUGCUUGUGUUGGAUGAGGCUGACAGAAUCCUGGACCUUGGUUUCAAGAAAACCCUCGACAAUAUAGUUGCAAACCUCCCUCCGGAGAGACAAACUUUACUCUUCUCUGCAACACAAUCCAAAUCAGUGUCUGAUCUUGCGAGAUUAUCGCUAACCAAUCCGCAGUACAUUGGAGUGAAACAAGCCGAAGAUGAAACUGCAACGCCUGAUUCUCUUUCCCAGUCAUACAUUACAGUCAAGCUAGAGGACAAGCUCGAUACACUUUAUUCAUUCAUCAAGACACAUCUCAAGACAAAGAUCAUCGUUUUCUUGUCCACCUCGAAACAGGUGCACUUCGUCUAUGAAACUUUUAGAAAGCUUCAACCUGGUAUGUCAUUGAUGAAAUUGCAUGGUCGUCAAAAACAAACUGCAAGAACAGAAACCGUGUAUAAAUUUACAAAAGCACAACACGUUUGUUUAUUUGCAACUGACGUUGUUGCCCGUGGUUUGGAUUUCCCAACAGUUGACUGGGUUGUUCAAGUCGAUGCACCAGAGGAUGCCGAUACUUACGUUCACAGAGUUGGGAGAUCGGCAAGAGCUGGUAAGUCAGGUAAAGCAUUGUUGAUGUUGACUCCUAGUGAGGAAGAAGGAUUUCUCAAAAGACUGCAAUCUAAGAAGAUUGAACCAAAAAAGCUAAACAUCAAGCAGAAUAAGAAGAAAUCAAUCAAGCAGCAACUGCAAGCACUUUGUUUCAAGGAUGCAGAAUUGAAAUACUUGGGUCAGAAGGCUUUCAUUUCGUACUUGAGAUCCAUAAUUAUCAACAAGGACAAGGACGUCUUCAAGAUUGAAGAUGUUGAUAAAGAAGCAUUUGCCAAGGCUCUUGGUCUUCCUAGUGCACCACAAGUGAAGAUUAAAGGUGAAUCAAAGGCUCGAGAAUUGAAGAAUGUGUCUCGUCAGUUACUUGCAUUGUCUAAGGCAAAUGAUGAUGGUGAAUUUAAGGAAGAGGAUAAAAAGGUCCGCACCAAAUAUGAUAGAAUGUUUGAACGUCAAAAUCAAAACGUUCUUUCUAGUCACUAUCUUAAGAUUCAGAAUGAUGCAUUGAAGGAUGAGAAUGAUGAUGAGUCGGAUUCUGACGGUGAAUUUAUGUCAGUCAAACGUACGGAUCAUGAUCUCGUAAAUGAAGACCUUCCAGAUUUAACUGCCCCAACUUCCAAGCGUGCAGCUAAGAGGGCUCUUUCCAAAAAGGCUUCACUCAACGAUAAGGGAAAUGCAAAGAAGUUGGUGUUUGAUGAUGAAGGUAAUGCUCACCAAAUCUACGAAUUCCAAGAUGAGGAUGACUUCAAAGCUGCCGGUGAUGCCAAGCUCCAGAAGGAUGACUUUAUCGGAAAGGAGAGUGAGGUUAUGCAAGUAGAUGAUGAGAGUGAUAAGAAGCUUGCGAAGGAGAAGAAGCUUGAGAAGAAGAGAAAGCGUAAAGAGGCUGAAAGACUUGCCAAGGAAGGUUACAAUGACGAUCCUUCUGAAAGAGACCUUGACGCUAAAAGUGAUGAUAACAGUGAAGAUGAAAGACCCACAAAGAAGCCUAAAUGGUUCCAGAAUGAUAAAGUUGGUGGUAAGACUUCUAAGGACGAUGGCGUGUUGGAGAUAGAAGAACCAGAAACUCUUGAGGAUCUUGAGGCUUUGACGGCCAGAUUGAUCCAAGAUUGA